GAUGAGCAUGCAAAGCUGUCUUUGUCCACCAUUUUCAAUCAGUCGAAACGAAGAUUCGACUAAAUAUAAGUGAAAUCGUGAUCGGAAGGUGUCGUUGACAGCUUCUUUAGAAGGAUGGUACUUUACUAUUUCACUUUAAGUAGUUGAAAAGUAAAAAUAUUGGUUUCUCAUUCCCCGUGUUGCUGAGCACAAUCGCUGGAGUGGAUGCGGAGAGCAGCAUCUGUGGCGGUGACGCAGACAGAUAGAAUGGCACAGCACUCGGUUCCUGUCUCUCAUUUGUGGGUGGAUGAGUCCGGAACAGUGACUAGUGUUCCCGCCGAUGUUUCGACCGGCGUUGCACAUACAGGAAGGACGGUGGUGAUAACCUCGUCACCGGCACGCAGCAUCGCGAUGGCCACCAUUCCCGGAACUGUGAAGCUAUCAAGCCGCACUUCCCUGGUGAACGAUGACAUGAUCAGGUACUACACAGACUCCGGCCUUCUUCCCAUCGCUAAGGAAGCCGGCAUCGUCGACCCGAGCGGCCAGCUCACGUCCGAAGCCGCGUUCGCAAGCCCGCCGAAGCAGCAGCAGCAGCGCCCCCUGGUUCCCGCACGCUCCGCCGGCGCCGUCUUGCGGUCGCCGUCGCUGCGCGUCGCCGACGUGCGCACGCUGCAGCCGCAGAACUCUUCUCCGAUGAUCCUCGGCACGCCGCAGCGCGGGGGCGCGGCGACGUGGCCCGCGGGGUUCCCGGCGUCGCCGUCGACGCCGGCAGCCGCCGUCGAGUCUCCGUCCGCGUUCCCGAGCCUCAUCCGCAAACGCUCGCUCGAGUUCCACGACCCGGACUACUCGGACGGCGGCAAGCGCGGCAAGAAGUCGGACAAGGGCGGCAAGGGCCUGCGCCACUUCUCGAUGAAGGUCUGCGAGAAGGUUCAGCGCAAGGGCACGACGUCGUACAACGAGGUAGCGGACGAGCUGGUGGCCGAAUUCAGCGACCCGCACCGGUCGAUGUCGCCGACCGACCAGGCGUACGACCAGAAGAACAUCCGUCGACGUGUCUACGAUGCCCUCAAUGUACUCAUGGCGAUGAACAUAAUCUCGAAGGAGAAGAAGGAGAUCAAGUGGCUCGGCUUACCGACGAAUUCGGCGCAGGAAUGCAGCAAUCUGGACGUGGAGAAACAGAGGCGGACCGAGCGAAUCCGCUACAAGAACCAACAGCUGCAGGAGCUGAUCGUCCAGCAGGUGGCCUUCAAGAACCUUGUCGCUCAGAACGCGGCGUCGGAGCACGCCGCCGGCGCCCUGCCGCCGCCCAACAGCGCCAUCUACCUGCCGUUCAUCGUCGUCAGCACGGGCAAGCGGACGGUGAUCGACUGUUCGAUUUCGAACGACAAGUACGAGUAUUUGUUCAACUUCGACAACACGUUCGAGAUCCACGACGACAUCGAGGUGCUGAAGCGAAUGAACAUGGCGCUCGGCCUGGACCGCGCGCAGGUGACCCCGGACAACCUGAGGCGCGCGCGCGCCAUGGUGCCCGCCGCUCUCUCGCACUACGUCUCGCAGAUGGCCGACGGCAAGAUGGGAAGCCUGUGCUCCUCGAUCUCAGCCGGUCCCUCUGGCUUGACAACAGGGGGCGCCGGCGGAGCGUUCGGCCUCGGCGGGCAGGAUGCGGCGGCGGACGCGGAGGUUGCCAUGGCGACGGCGUUGUCGGCGGAUGCUUCCUUCUCACAGGGAUCGUCUUUUUCCCGCACGGACACGGACACGCCCAGCGACCAUGACGACGACGACUAUAGCGACAGCGAGUCUAGCCGAUCGGAAACGCCCGUGCUCGACAUACAGUAGCGCCCCCCUGGCGGCCGAGACGGCUGCGCGGCAACUGAGCUACGAUCCUGUGACAAUAUACGCAGCCAGUUGUUCGUCGUCGUGGAUACGGGGCUGCAGCGUGAUUGUGCGACAUGUUCGUCGUCGUGGAUACGGGGCUGCAGCGUGAUUGUGCGACAUGUUCGUCGUCGUGGAUACGGGGCUGCAGUGUUAUUGUGCGACGCGUUCGUCGUCGUGGUUACGUGAUCUGUGUCAGCUGCUCGCACGAUUAUCGUAGCGGAUGUGGGAGUGUUGCCAUGGAUACAGACGCGUCGUUACGAACUAGCAGCGUGAGGAAGUGAGGUGACGAAGUGACGAAGUGACGAAAUUGUUUUUAACAUGGAACUUGUUAUCACGCACACGUAUGAGCUGCACACGCGGCCGUCAAGUUAUCACACGGCGACGCAUCAUUGUGACGACGAUCGCAACAUGACGAUUCCCACCCACCCGUCGCCCGUGCGUUACUGUGUGUUUACAGGGGAGCUGCUGCGGCGGCGGCGGCGGCGACGUUUGUGUGCAGAACUUUCACUUUAGACAAGAGCUCGCUCGCUCGCUCGCGUGGUUCGAUGGUGCCGACGACAUCGUACCGACCGAACGCGACCAACGUUCGUGCGUUGACGCGGGCGCGCGGGCGUACGUUGUAAAUAUCCGUCGCGCGGGGAAUAGCCUAGGUAAUUUUAGAAAAUGUAAAAAUUAUUAAAAAAUGCGCGGUUUUUAUGUAAUUAGUAAACUUUGAUAGGCCUAACUUUUUAUAUGCACUCGAUCGGGGCGCGGUGGUUGCGUGUCUGCAGUGUAUGUGGACGGCGUAUGUAUAUCGUAGCAGAAGGUGCUGGUUGCAAUCUAGUAUUGAACUCUCAGUGCAGAGUUGCACAAGACGUAUUUGUACAGUUUACAAGCAGCCAAUUACAAUGUACCUUUAACAAAUAAAUGGGUACCACAUCCCUUUAGCAGAAGAAGACCAGUGGGUGUCUUCAACAAUUCAGCGCCAUGUUCCUUUAAAAUAUCUGAAUGUCGGCAGUUGAUAUUCUCUCGCUGCGUGUAGUUCAACGUAGUCGGAAUUCACCGGAAUUGGAAUUUGUUCGAAUCGGAAUUCGUCGGAAGCGAUAUUUUGCUGCGCGUUCCUUUAUCAUCAAGAACUUGGCGGUAGAUUUUAUAUUUAGAGGACGUCUCGACUCUUGAGGGAAAGGCAGGAGGGGGAGGGGAGGGGUUGUUGCAGUGCUACCCGGGAUGUUAUUGGGGUCGGGGCAGGACAGGGGGAGGGGUGAAUAGUGGGGUGUGGCAUGCACGCGUGGCUGCCGAAUUUUGCAUGCAGGCGAAUGCAUGUAUUCCACAAUGCAAUGUUCGAUCGAUAUGUUAUAUUGUACAAGUGCUAAUUCUGUAUUAUUAUAUUUGUUCUCCUGUCAUUGCCAUUAAUAAUAAUAUUACUAUAAAACACGUGUGGUGUAAAUAAAUCGCCGUGUCACCCAUA